UAUCAAAAUUACCAUUCUGUUUUAGAAAGGGCUUAUCAAAAUUACCAGUAUGUUUUGAAAAGAGCCUUUUCCGAACACCAUUAGGUUUGAAAGAGGUACGAGACACAACAUUUCGGAGAGACCUUGGUCUCACAGUUAUCUCGCAGGUGCAACGUGACUCAACUACCCUUAUACAUGGCCCCUCUUGGUUCUCUCUUAAAAAUUAAGGCCUUCGUCUGUAUUACUCCUGACUUUUUCUCGUGAGACAAGACUCUUCCCCACCUCCAAGUAUAUUAUGAGUAAGUUUCUUUCACAUUUUUCUGUAUUUCUGGUUUAUAAUUUCCUUUCAUGUUUGCUCUACAUUUCUGUUAUAUAUAUAUGGUUAUACUGCUUGCAAGUGGUUUACUGUACUCCCUACUUCAUAAUAUCAUUAUAUUAUCCUUAUAAUAUCUUAAUACUCCUUUUAUUAUUCUUAUAAUGUUCUGUUUUUCUGUUAAAAUCAUGCCUUCAUUUUAUAUACAAACCCAGUACUUGGUUAAAUCUUACUCCUCCCGAUCAUCUGACUCCUCCCUUGUUUUUUACCAUGGUUUUGCCUUUCGAUUUGGAUUUGUCUGCCCAUCUCUUCAAUAAAGCUCUUAACUGCACUUGUAUCUGUCACCUAAAUUCCAUUACAUCUCACUGUGUAGUUACAGAACAAAAAGCUUUUUUGGAUCAGUAAAUAAAUAAGAAAAGUGCGGUUUUGCUGGUAAUUCUCUCCGGGUAUGUUUACCUGUUUUUCCUGUUCAAUCAGUUCAGAUGUACUUGCUGUUCUGGUUUGAUUGCUCUAUGUAAAUGAUACAUUUGGAAAGACUUUAACAUGCUCUUAGUGUCACUAAUGUCUUUUAUGUAUAAAUGUUAUUUAAAUGCAAUUUUCUUUCUUAUUGUUAGGUAAUGGAGGCAAAGAUGGAUGCAGUUGCAGGUAAAACAGCUUUUAAUAACACAAAGGCCUGUGUGUGUGUGUGUCUUUUAGUUGACCGUCCACCUACGCUCUGAGGCCUGCUGCACAUGUAUGGUUUGCGCCUUGCUUAUCUGUGUGUUGUGUCUUAGCCAGUCCCACUGACAGUAAAGUCUGUGGCAGGAAGCUGUUACGCAUCUGAUUCAGCCAAAGAUCUUCAAAGAAGCCUUGUUAAGAUAAAACAUCACAAUGCCUGGGUCGACAUUUGGUUUUAUUUUGUCCCUUCUUACCAUUUUGUCAACGAGUUGUUUUUGCCUGGAUGUCAAAUUAUUACUAAUGGACUUUCAGUUGUCAAGUACAAUGUCAAACAGCAGAGUUAUCAAGCUGCCAGAGAGGAACUUGGUAAAAUCCUAUACCCUUUGCAGGUAUGGCACCCUGUUACUGUAGAAUAGCAGCAUUGUUAAUAAUUGAGGUGAAGAUACUAUAUUGUAUAUUUCUAAAUAAAUUUAAAGAUGUUACACUAUGUUUCUAUAAUAUCUAAAGAGAUUACCUAGUUUAAUGGGACAUUAGUUGCUAGGUUUUAAGCAGACUUAAUGUUUAGGGCACAAUAAAUUAGUAAUAGCCUGAUUGAAUUUGCAGUGAUUGUGUUGUAAUUCUGACUCUGCUUCAUGUCUUUCUCUAAGGAUUUCUACAGUCAUAGUAACUGAAUCGAAAUGGGAAAGAGAGAACCUUAUUCCAACCUCAUUAAACCAGACACCCCAAUUAACAACAUAGCAGAUUCAGCAACCUGCGGGCCUUGUAAUGGCAAAGACUGCACAGGAAACAUCCUGGAAGAGAUCACUGCACAGAAGAAACUAACAUCAGGAUAUUUUGGUUUCUCGAAACCAAAAGGAAAAUGCAGUCAUGGAGGAAUAAUUGAUCCAUCAAGUUGGUGGCAAGGUGGAAUAAAUAAGGAUGCUUCAGAUUCCAGCCAUGGUCAUCUACAUGAAGUGGCAGCAUCGGUAGCCACUGCUGCUACCAGAGAACUACUGCAAGACAUUAGAGCAGCAGUUGGAGAUUCUGAGUUUCUUAGACUGAUGGGACUCAGCCAGACGUCAGUGCUGUGUUUUGUUAUUGACACCACUAGCAACAUGUCUGAAGACAUUGACGAAGUCAGGAGAGUUACUUCAUCCAUCAUUGACAGUAAAACAGGCACUGCAGCUCAACGUUCAGAAUACAUCCUGGUACCAUUUAAUGACCCUGAUUAUGGCCCACUUUCAAGAACAACUGAUCCUAAUGUAUUUAAAAAGCAACUCAAUGCACUUACAGCUGCUGGUGGAGGAGAUUCUCCUGAAAUGUGUCUCUCAGGACUCCAGCUUGCCAUCACUGGGUCUCCAACACAGACUGAGAUUUUUGUUUUCACCGAUGCUGAUGCAAAAGAUAAAAGGUUGAGAAAUACUGUACAAGCCCUUAUUGAGAGAACAAAGUCUGUAGUGACUUUUAUGCUAACCAACUCCGUUAGUUCUCAGCAUCGCAGAAGGAAUGACGAGAUUGCAAAUGGCCAGCAGCAAGUUUCUCAGGUAUUCAAUUCUCAGGUCUACCAGGACCUGGCUCAGGCCUCUGGGGGCCAUGCUAUUGAGGUCACCAAAGAAACACUGUCCCAAGCUACUAACAUUAUUGCAGUUACCUCUAGAUCUACACUGGUCACUCUACUCCAGGCUAUAAGAAAUACAGCAAAAGUGGAAAUCUUCUCAGUCUUUGUGGAUUCUUCUGUGCAAAACCUGACCAUUUUCAUCACAGGCAACUCUCCAGAUUACACCAUCACUAGUCCCUCAGGAAUCUCACAGAGCAGCACUGAACUGAUUGGGGCGUUGGGGCUUAUUCAGAGAGUUGGUAACUUUCACACAGUGCAACCAAAUAUUUUAGACCCCACUGGAUUGUGGCUUUUCAGUGUUAAAUCAACACAGCUCUACACCAUCAGAGUUGUUGGUCAAAGCGAGGUUGAUUUCCUGUUUGACUUUGUAGAACUUCCCCAAGAGUUUCAUUCAAGCUAUGCUGUAUUAAACAGCAGGCCUGCAGCUAACACCAAUAUCACGUUGAUGGUAUCCAUGGUCGGUGGGGACAGUGUGAGGCCUACAGAGGUGUCUCUGGUCGAAGCAUCAAGUUCAAACUCUUUAAAUGGGACACUAGAAGAGGUAGCUAGUGGGCAGUACUUAGUGACCUUCAACAGCAUCCCAGCAGGAGAGUUCACUGUUCGUGUAGUUGGACAGAUCAGUUCCUCUAGAUCUUCAGAUAACACCUUUCAGAGACAGUCACCAACUCAAUUCCAAACAUCAAGUGUGACCAUUACUACUCAACCUGUUGGAACAAUUGAACCAGGAAAACAAUUCACUCUGCCUUUCACACUCACAACCAAGAGCUCUGGAGGAAGAUUUAAUAUCAGAGUCAGCAAUGAUCGCAAUUUUGACACUCGCUUUAACACAUCCAUAACUCUCAAGAGUGGGGACAGUGCCAAUGCCACAGUAACUCUGACUGUUCCUGAAAAUACUUCCUCUGGAAUUGAUGUCACUCUGACAAUUGAAGUCGAAGCACCGGAUGGAAGUGACUUCAACUAUGCUGUGCUGCGCAUUGCUAUUGUUGCUGCGGUAAAAGAUGUUAUUCCUCCAGUAUGUGAGGCAGUUACUCUAAAUUCUAACUGCUCAGACAACUGCAGUCUCUCCUCAUGGUACCUCACUGCCAAUGUGACUGAUGGGUCAGGUAUUCAGAGCAUGAGAGCCCUCAAGGGAAAUGGCAUACUCAGCAUCACCAGUGAGCUCAAUGCCACAGGCGUGAAUGUCACUAUGGCAGUUUAUGACUCCUCUUGCUGUUUCCGAGACUUGGAAUUGGUUGCUGUGGAUACAGUGGGAAAUGUUGCCACCUGCUUCAAAUCUGCUGCAUCAAGCAUCCUCACUUAUAGUGCAGAAUUUUGCUUGUUUUUACCAGUCUGCCUUUGGCUUAAUAUAGGAGUCUCAAUUUACCGAUUCAUGCAGCUGUAAGAAAAAAAUCUAAAUGUAUCUGAAAUGGAAUAAUAUCAGAAUAUUUAGGUCUACAUAAUACCUGCUCAGUAAUGUUUUGGGUUUUUUUCAGAGUGAGUAGUGAAAAUAUGAAAUAAACACUAACCAAAUCAGUAAAUAACUAGAAGGAAAUCUUACUUGCCGAAUAUACUCACUGAUUUUAAACUCUGAAUGUAGUAGUGUUUUAUUGAAGGGUAGUACUGUAUUUUAUAUGAAUAAUUAAAUGUCAAUGCACAUAGAUAACGGUUAUGUUAAGUUGGUUAAAGAAAUUCCUAUCAGUGCUUCCACUUGAAAUGCAAAGAGAUAUACAAAUGAUGAUAAGGUGAUGUUACUUAACUGGUGCAAAGUAAUUUGAAACAUUUAUUCCAUUAUACAGUCAUUGUGCUUAAAUUUUUCUUUUUUCUUCAAAACUAUAUAUUGAUUACUGAUAUACUGAUUAGAUAAUGACACGUUUUUUUCACAUU